CCUUGGACACAGCGGAUCACUGAUCAACGGAAAGAGCCAAAGAUGUCAGCUCAGUCAUGUGAUCAGCUGUGUCCAAUCACAGCUGAUCACAUAGGAUAUGUACACUAAUCAUCAGGGCACUGAUGAUCAGUGUGCCCUAAUGAUCAGUGUAGCCCCAGCAGUGCCACCUGUCAGUGUCCAACAGUGCCAGCUGUCAGUGCUCAUCAGUGCCACAUCAAUGCCACAUAUCAGUGCCUACCAGUGCACAUCAAUGCCACAUAUCAGUGCCCAUCUGAGCUGCCUUUCAGUGUUACCUAUCAGUGCCAGUCAGUGCUACCUAUCAGUGCCACCUAUCAGUGCCUGUCAGUGCUGCCUAUCAAUGCCACCUAACAGUGCCAGUCAGUGCCACCUAACAGUGCCAGUCAGUGCCGCCUAUCAGUGCCAUAUGAGUGCUGCCUUUCAGUGCCCAUCAGUUAUGCCUAUCAGUGCCACCUACCAGUGCCACCUAUCAGUGUCCAUCAGUGCAGCCUAUCAGUGCCCAUCACUGCAGCCUCAUUAGCGCACAUCAGUGAAGGAGAAAAAUCACUUAUUUACAAAAUUU